GAGAUCCUGGGCUACAACACGAUCUUCGGUCCUUUCGCCUCAUCCUCCACUUCCGUUUACGAGAUCUGUGCGACGAACCCAGCAGUUCAUGUGGCUAGCGAGCUCUGGGACUAUGCACUUGGGGAGUGGGCCCUGGGUUAUAACCAGGCCAACCCGGACAAGGCUCUUGAGUUUGUCAAGACACUGGACUAUGCUGGCACAGAUGGCAUGUACAUUUUCCCCAAGACGUAUGAGCCGUACUACCAGGACACGGGCAAGUCCAUUGAGUUCUACAAGGGCAUGAAUGCCUCAUGGGGCGACUGGAAGCCAUACUUCUCUUCGAUAAGUGAUUUCAAUCCGGAUACGUUCACCGACUGCAAUACGGGAGCUAUCGCCACUGAGACCACCAUAAACAAUUAUCUCUCGGUGACACAAGACAAUGCUGCCAUUGUGAACGUCAACGGGCUUCGGAAGUGGAUCUGCCACGACCAGGACAAAUGGUGGUUGGCGCCAGCAUGCAGAAAUUCACCGUUGUCUUGUGUCCCAAUGAUCACGAACUCGUUCUGGUCCUACAACCCUUCUCGCCAGAAAGCCACCGUGUACAACAUAGCCAUGGCCAUUGCCAAUACA